AUGGCAUCGGCAUCCGAGAAGCCGCCAACCACACCCGGAUCGUCGGCCUCUGAUACCGGCGAGGAAUCAGGCCCCGAGCAGUGUAUCCCGCCCAAGGACGACGCUCACCUCGACACCUGGCGGGGAUGGGUGGUGGUGGCCGCCGCGUCCAUGUCUCUCUUCAUGUACAUGGGCGUCAUAUACAGCUGGGGCAUACUGCAGGCGAAAAUGGCCGACGCAAAGGGCUACUCGCUGACGACGCUGACAUUUGUCGGAUCGCUAGCCACGUCCUUCAUGGUGUCGCUGUGUAUAUUGGUGGGAAAGCUGGUCAGGAAGUUUGGCUACAGGAGGACGGCCCUGGUGGGCGCCGUGUUUCUGGGACUGGGCGAGUUUCUGUCGAGUUGGGUCGUGGGCCAUUUGUGGGCCUUGUUUAUCACGCACGGCAUACUAUUUGGUGUCGGGGGAGGUUUGACGAUUUUGCCCUGCUCGACCGCGCCGCUGCAGUGGUUCCGCAGGUAUCGUGGUCUUGCGACGGGCAUUGUCUUUGGGGGAGGGAGCCUUGGUGCCGCCGUCAUGGGCGUUGCCGCCAACGAACUUGUUAACAAGGUUGGGAUUGAGUGGACGUUUAGAAUCCUGGGCUUUAUGCUGUGGGCGGUUUGUCUUCCGGCCGCGUACUGCAUCAAGCAGCCCUUGCUGUCCAAGUCUGCCGUUCCGCAGCUCCAGUGGUAUCGAUGGCGGGAGCCCAAGUUCGUCCUUCUCAUCCUCGGCGGCGCCAUUGCGUGCUUCCCUCUCUUCGUCCCGCCGUACUUUAUUCCCAUUUUCGCCCGAUCAAUCGGCAGCUCUGGCUCAACCGCCAUCAUUGCCCUCACGAUAUGGAAUCUCGCAUCCACCUUUGGUCGUGUGUUUGCUGGGUAUUCUGCCGAUGCAUUCCUCGGACCACUUAACAGUCUCAACAUUUCGCUCUUGUUCUGCGGUGUGAGCGCAUUGGCAAUUUGGCCGUUUGUGACAAACAUGGGCUUGUUGGUCUUCUUCACCAUCAUCAACGGCGUUGGCUGCGGCUCCUUUUUUAGUCUGUUCCCCCUGGCGGUGGGAACUACUUUUGGGGCUCCUAAUACCAUGGGCAUUUUGCCCAUUCUGUGGCAAGCCUGGAUCUUUGGCUAUUUUAUGGGCACUCCGAUUGCUGCGAGGCUGUACUCCCUGGCGGGAACUGGGACCGAUGUCAGCCUCUACCGACCUGCUGCGUAUUAUGCCGGUGCUGCGUCCUUUGUCGGCAUAUUCUUCAUGGUUGCUAUUCGCCUGAUGAACUCGAAGAAGAUUUUCACAAAAGUGUGA